CUUUCCCAACCAGUCAAGCAAAGCAACAAUUCUCAAACUUUCUCAGCAUCCAAACAAAACCCAUCAAUUUUUCCAAUGUCGAUCAUCCCCAGCUUCCGACGAGGCAGCAUUUUCGACCCUUUCUCUCUCGAUCUCUGGGACUCCUUAAAGGAUUUUCCAUUCCCUUCCUCCUCAUCACUUUCCACAUUCCCUGAAGUUUCCCUGGAAAAAUCAACUUUCCUGAACACCAGAAUCGACUGGAAGGAGACCCCAGAAGCCCACGUGUUCAAGGCAGACCUCCCGGGGCUGAAGAAAGAAGAGGUGAAGGUGGAGGUUGCAGACGACAGGGUUCUUCAGAUCAGCGGAGAGAGGAACGUAGAGAAGGAGGACAAGAAUGACAAGUGGCACAGAGUGGAGCGCAGCAGCGGCAAGUUCUUGAGGAGGUUUCAGCUUCCUGAGAAUGCAAAGGUGGACGAGAUUAAGGCUGCAAUGGAGAAUGGGGUUCUGAGUGUCACUGUUCCAAAGGCAAAGGUGAAGAAGCCUGAUGUCAAAGCCAUUGAAAUAUCUGGUUAAU